AUGGCAGGCGGCAAAAUCUUCUUUUCUUGCAUGCAGAACAAACUGGAGAUCGGCGACGGUGGAGGUUUCUCGAGCGAGUUGAUCCGACGGCCAGCGUCGAAUGGCAACGAGUGACAGUUGGACUAUUUAGCCGCUUCUCAUUAUCUGCUUCUCAACUCUGGAGCUUAGUUGAAAUCUCUCUGUCCUCUCUCUCUCUCUCUCUCUGUUGUCAUUUGAUCUUCCUUCCUUCCCUUUCGAGACGGACUCUGCGUGUUUCUGGAAAAUUGGUACCUCCCGAAGAACUGCAGCUUUUGGGUUUUCAUCAGCAAGGUCUUUCUUGCAAGAAGUUUGUUUUUCUCGGGAAAGUCUCUGGUUUUUUCUUCCUUGAAGACAUGGGAAGGUAUAACAGGGAGAACUACUGAUCUUAGGAAUUAUGCUAUGUCUUGAGACUUGAGAACUGGGCUUGAAACAAAAUAAUAUGAAUCCCUUAACACCCAGGCCUCUGAACUCUGCUUCACAAACAUCACAUGAAGCCUCUAAAGAGGAUCUAUCUUCGACUAGUGAUCAGCGGAAGUCUAUUGAUAUCUUCAAUCCAAAUCAACAAUUUACUUCAGUUGAGGUUAAUGAUUCAUCAACAUCAGGCCCAUAUGUAUAUUCAAGGGGAAUGAUUGAAGCUUCAAACAUUGGUGAACCAAUUGAACGAGAGCAAAGAUCUGCAUCUGAUAGGUUCAAGGAACCUGUUGAUAAAUGGAUGGCAUUUUCUACCGGGACUCCCCAAAGCAUGAAAGAAAACCUAAUAAAAGAUCAGAUGGAUUCUCCACUCUAUGGGAAAGGUUUCCUGGAUGGAGAAAAUGGAAGCAGCUCUCGGCAGACAUCUAAGCACAUGUUUUCUCAGGUAGAGGAUAGUAGCAUCUUAAGUGGUGCUGGCAUGGCAGAAAGGGCAGCUGAAUGGGGAUUGGUUAUUAAGACAGACCAAUCAGUAGGUGUCACUAAGAAAUCAUCAGAAGAGGUCCGAGAGGAUGUUCAGAGCACAUUGGGAAAAUUUCCUGGUUCUAACAGGUCAUCUGAAGAAUCAAAUCAGAGAGAAUCAAGCUUCUCAACUGUCCCUAAAGAGUUGAAAGAUGCUUUAUCUACAUUGCAACAAACUUUUGUUGUCUCAGAUGCAACGAGACCUGACUGUCCAAUUAUGUAUGCCAGUGCAGGCUUUUUCAGUAUGACUGGCUACUCGCUGAAAGAAGUGAUCGGAAGAAACUGUCGCUUUCUUCAGGGACCUGAUACUGAUCACAUGGAGGUUUCAAAAAUAAAGGAAGCUUUGAGGACAGGAAGAAGCUAUUGUGGGAGAUUGUUGAACUAUAAGAAGGAUGGCACUCCUUUCUGGAACCUUCUAACAAUCACACCUAUAAAGGAUGACAGUGGGAAAGUUAUUAAAUAUAUUGGAAUGCAGGUUGAGGUUAGCAAAUAUACGGAGGGCUUAAAUGAAAAAUCCUUGAGGCCAAACGGGCUGCCUAAAUCUCUCAUUCGUUAUGAUGCUCGUCAAAAGGAAAAAGCCAUUUCCUCAAUUACUGAAGUUGUUCAGACAGUGAUGCAUCCUCAUUCUAAUAAACAAAUGGUCGAUAAUGAGGUCCCAAGCAAAGGCCAAGGCAUUGGGAAUGAUCCAUUGAAGAUCGACUCAGCGGGAAAAGAAUCAAUGGAUAAUGUAAAAGAGGAUAGUCAGCAGACUGAUCAAUCCAUUGCAUCCAGAAGAAGCAGCAAUCUUAGCAAGAGUUCUGGAAAAUCAGAGCGACUUUCGAUAAAAGGAUCUAGAAGAAGAGCAUCAAGUCUAGCAAAAAAGGAAGAAUCUGAAACUCCUAUUGAGCCAGAGAUUUUGAUGACAAAAGACAUAGAACGAUCUAACAGUUGGGACCGUCUGCAGAGGGGGCGAGAUAUCCGUCAAGCAAUUGAUUUGGCCACAACACUGGAACGUAUUGAAAAAAAUUUUGUCAUUACAGAUCCCAGGCUUCCCGACAAUCCAAUUAUAUUUGCAUCUGAUAGCUUCCUAGAGCUGACUGAGUAUACUCGAGAAGAAAUUCUUGGAAGAAACUGCCGGUUUCUCCAAGGUCCUGAAACUGAUCAAGAAGCUGUAUCCAAAAUAAGAGAUGCUAUUAAAGAACAAAGGGAAGUCACUGUUCAGUUGAUUAACUACACAAAGAAUGGGAAAAAGUUUUGGAACUUAUUUCAUUUGCAGCCUAUGCGUGACCAGAAGGGUGCACUUCAAUACUUCAUUGGUGUCCAAUUAGAUGGAAGUGAUCAUGUUCAGCCUCUUCAAAAUCGUCUUUCAGAAGCCUCAGAAAUGGAGAGCACUAAAUUGGUGAAAGCCACUGCUGAGAAUGUUGAUGAAGCAGUUCGUGAACUCCCAGAUGCGAAUUUGACUCCUGAUGAUUUAUGGGCUAUUCAUUCCAAACCUGUAUUCCCUAAGCCACACAAAAAGGAUAGCUCCUCUUGGAAAGCAAUUCAAAAGAUAACUCAACAAGGCGAGAAGAUUAAUUUGAGACAUUUCAAGCCUAUAAAGCCAUUGGGUUGUGGUGACACUGGCAGUGUUCAUCUAGUGGAGCUUAAGGGUACUGGUGAGCUGUAUGCUAUGAAAGCUAUGGAUAAGUCAACAAUGUUAAAUCGUAACAAGGUCCAUCGAGCUUGCGUAGAAAGAGAAAUAAUUUCUAUGUUGGAUCACCCUUUUCUUCCCACUCUCUAUACUUCUUUUCAGACUGCCACACACGUUUGUCUAAUAACAGACUUCUGCCCUGGAGGUGAGCUUUUUGCAUUGCUUGACAAGCAGCCUAUGAAAGUGCUGAAGGAAGAUGCUGUGAGGUUUUAUGCUGCAGAAGUUGUGGUUGGCCUGGAAUAUCUUCAUUGCCUAGGUGUGAUCUAUCGAGAUCUCAAGCCUGAAAAUAUUCUACUUCAAAGAGAUGGACACAUAUUGUUGACUGAUUUUGACCUUUCCUUUUUGACAUCCUGUAAACCACAAAUUGUGAGAAACUCAUUGAAGGCAAAGAAACGAAGGUCAAGAAAUGAAAUUCCUCCAACAUUUCUUGCAGAACCGACUACUCAGUCAAAUUCAUUCGUGGGAACUGAAGAGUACAUUGCUCCAGAAAUUAUUACUGGUACCGGCCAUAGUAGUGCCAUUGACUGGUGGGCUCUUGGAAUCUUGUUAUAUGAGAUGCUUUAUGGCAGAACACCUUUCCGAGGGAAAAAUCGACAGAAAACAUUUGCAAAUAUUUUGCACAAGGACCUCACAUUUCCUAGUAGCGUACCUGUGAGCCUUGAAGCAAGACAACUAAUUCAUCGGCUAUUGCACAGAGAUCCUAUAAGCCGUCUAGGAUCAAAUGGUGGUGCUAAUGAAAUCAAGCAACAUCCUUUCUUCCGUGGGAUAAAUUGGCCCCUUAUCCGAUGCAUGAUGCCACCUCAGCUAGAUGUGCCAAUUCAAAUGAUAAGGAAAGAAUCAGACACUUUUGAUUGGCAAUGGGAGGAUGACAAGAUGUUUUUUCAAUCCUCAGAUAUUUUUUGACUGUUCAAUUGCCACGUUUUCACCUGAAGCGAAUAGGGAAUUGAGAAACUCAAUCGAGUGGAAGAGCAGUGCAGACUUCACGUUCUUUGGCAGUGUUAUGCUAUCCAGCAAUGUGGUAGAUAUUGUAGUGGAGUAUAGGCAACAUCACACCCUUGACAUUAGUUCAGGGGUGUAACUAUGUUGUAUUUGUAACUAUGUAUUGAGUAUACCUUACAAUAUAAUCCGCAUCUGGUAUUUUGGAGUA